AUGGCUGGUCCCACAGCCGGGCGCUCGUUUGGGGGACAUCCGCGCGGCGGAGGGCAGUUUGGGAUUGUGAAACUCCAUUCGAAAGUCCCAUGUAUGAAGUUGAAGGAGAAUAAAAUUAUCGUUUCGUUAAUUCUCAACCCGAGUUUAUGGGCCCAACAGAAAGUGCGUGAGGGUAUCGUCAAGUCAUGGGUCAUGUGA